UCACGGUAUUCAGUCGCCCGUCGACACUCUCGCUGCUUGGACGCGAGAGACGCGAUGCAAGUUGCUUUCCUUUGACGCAUUCAGGCCGUGUGUGUGUGUGACCUCCGUGUUCCGCCGUCUAGACGCGUGUUGUGCUGGAACUGCCCCAGUGCGCGAGGCGAUCGCUGGAGCGGAAGCGUGCAGUGCGAGUGCUAUCAGCUGACCGGCUCGUCCACAGCCUGCGAGCGCACGAGCGGCGGUUGUCGAUCGUCAAGCGGAGCGGUGGGCGCGGUGACGGUCGCGAGCGCGGGCGCGGGCGCGGGCGCGUGCGCGGGGCGCAUGGCGAGCGCGGGCGCGCAGUUCCGCGGGGGGCAGCAGUGGGCGGCGUACGCGCAGCCCUGUCGCUACCCGCCGCCGCAGCAGCAGUACGCUACGGGGCCGUAUACGCCGCACCAGGGUUUAUAUUUGCAGUACACGGGUGCGACGAUGACGAGCGGUUGCGCGGGCGGCACGCGCGUGCCAACCGCCGCGUCUCCCGCCAACACCGCGUCUAGUUCUUCGUCAAAUUCGGCCGGUGGCACGCGGUCAACCAGCCUGAGCACCGCACCGCCACCGCCGGCGUCUUCCACGUCUACCACGGGUGCCUCUGGUGAACAACUGAGCCGUACGAACCUCUACAUUCGAGGCCUUAACCAAAACACCACUGACAAGGAUCUUGUACAAAUGUGCCAAAUGUAUGGCAACAUUAUAUCAACUAAAGCAAUAUUGGAUAAAAAUACAAAUAAAUGUAAAGGUUACGGUUUUGUAGAUUUUGAAACGAUCGCCUCAGCGGAAGCAGCUGUAAAGGGAUUACAGGCCAAAGGUGUCCAGGCCCAGAUGGCUAAAGUGGGUAUCUGGUUCCUGCGUAGACUGAACCGUCAGCAAGAACAAGACCCAACUAAUUUGUACAUGGCGAACUUGCCGCCGCAUUUCAAAGAGAACGACGUGGACCAACUGUUGGCCAAGUUUGGCCAAGUGGUCUCCACCAGGAUUCUCCGCGACACGCACGGGCAUAGCAAAGGGGUUGGUUUCGCAAGGAUGGAGUCUAGGGAGAAAUGCGAGCAAAUCAUCCAGAUGUUCAACGGCAACCCAAUACCGGGUGCCAAGGAGCCCCUGUUAGUGAAAUUCGCAGACGGCGGCAAUAAGAAAAAAGCGUCGUAUAACAAGCAAGACAAUGGCAGAGGGUGGCGGGAUAAUAAUGAUUCUAUACAGGCGAUGAGCGUGAGCGGCGUGUACGCGGGCGGCGUGGCGGGCGCGGGCGGCGACUGCGCGGGCGUGUACCGCGGCAGCGCGAGCGUGUACGGCGUGGCGGCGUUCCACCCGCAGCUGCACCACCACCACGCGGCGCACCCGGCCGCCUGGCUCGCGCCCUACGCCGCGCUCCUCCCGCCCGCGCACCCCGCGCACCACGCGCCGCACCCCGCGCACGCCGCGCACGCCGCGCACAUACCCAUCGACGCUGUGCCUAGCCAAUAUGUAAACUGGGACAGCUUAAGGCCGGAAAACGAAGUAUUCUACUUCGCGUCGCACCCGUACCAGUACUUCGCGGGCCCCACGCCGCCCGUGCUGCAGAUGCCGAUGGACAGCGAGCACGCGUCCACGGCCGCGUCGCCCGACGAGGCCUACCAGCCCUACCCGCCUCCCAAGUAGACCAUAAGCCACGCAACGACCCAUGUACACGAGCCAAAAAUCAAAGCAACUGUGACUUUUUACGAUGUUAAUUUGUUUUAGUUUAAUUUGCGGCCGUUAUAGACUUCAUCGAAAGCUCCGGCCGGCCCGCGACGCCGGCGACUUUAGUUUUAAGCCUAAUUUUACGUGACUCGCCUCGACCGCUCGUUCUCUCGAUGGGCUUCGUCUCCGGCUUUACGCUGAACGUUCGAUUUGCUGUGAUGUUUUGAUGAGGUCUUUUGACGGCUCGGGAGAGGAUUCGAUGUAUAGAGUUAGCUCCAAUUUAAAAUGUGUUUUUACAUUAUAGUUUUAUUAUUGUUUUAUGAAAAAAUUUUAAAUUUAAGAUUUUAGACACAGAUUUUGAACAUGUUGACGCGAUUAUUUAAGAUAGAUAGGUAUUUAUUUUAGCUUAGUACGAUUAAUUGAUUGAAUUUUUUAAAUUUAAAUUUAUUUUGCAAAUUAAAUUUUAAUUUAUUUCUGUGUCAUAUAAUUGUAUUUUAAGAUGAAAAUGAACGAAAUUCAUAUACUGAUCAUUUAUAUCGAACAAUAACGUGCAAUCAGAGAUGAAAUUUUAUACACAUAGUUUUAAAAGAGUUUUCUUUGUAUAAACGAUUAAAUUUAUUUUUAAUUUUAUUUAAAUAAUAAAGCAAUAUCCGGCGUUGAAUGGAGGUGGUGAUUGGAAAAGGUCAUAUCAUAUGGAAUCAAGUAGGCGAGGGAAGUGUCGUUUGUAUGUUAUAGAAAAGUUUUUAGAACUCGUGGAAAUAAAUUUUUAAUAUUUCGAAGAUUUUGAAUCUUCCGUGAAGCGAAUGUAUUUUUAAAAUACAAUCAACGCUUAAUCUAAAGUCGGGAUUCCAACCUUAGAAUGGAGAGUAAUUGAGAUAGAUGUUAUGACCACCACGUGGGAUUAUCGUAAUCGAUGUAAUGAUAUGCUAAUAAUAUGUUCGGCAUGGUGCUUUAGUAAUUUUGUUUGAAAAUGGUACUAAAUCUAUGAAAUAUACAGUAUUAUUUACAUUAGAUCACUCAUACUGGUGCAGUCUUCCAAAAUAAAUUUGACGCAAGUAUUGUACCUAAAUUCGUAUUUCGUUUGUAAAAAAUGUUUAAUGUCUCAAGCAUGGGCCUCUUAGCGUCAUUACCACUUUCCUAGUAGAUUAUAGCGAUGGUAAGGCACAUAUUGGGUAACACGAAGCGAAUUAAGCUUUAUCUCACUUUUAUAAUACAAGCCGAUAACCACACGUAUAACAAGAGUAAUGUAAACAUUGUUGCCAAACCCGAAUACAGACUGAAUUUAUGUAUACCGUAAAACUUCCAAAUAUUUAUUUCUUGAUCCGUGUUUUGAUUCAUAAAUGUUAUUCAUACAAUGAGUAGGUACACCGUACACCGUACACGUACUCCGCGAUAGAUUUUGUACGAUUCGGCGAAUGGGGUGCUAGCUCGGGGCGGGCGUCCCGGUGGAAUGCUAUAGUAACAUUUAGCAAUAAGCAGUUGUAUUUAAAGUCUAUUUAUACAUUUUACGAGUCUAUACAAAUUUUUGUAUGUCAAAAUCAUGUUUGGAACGAAGUGAUCCUUUUUUUGAGAAUCAUGUACUGAAUCAAGUGUAGUUGUUAUUUUAGGCGGUCGGCACAUUCCACUAGUGAACAUAAUAAAUUCCACGAUUGAUUUCCACAUUAUGAGAUGUAAAGGAUUCGAAAUCCGACGCACGAGCGCCUUUUGGUGCGAGCGAACACGUUUUGUACCAUCGCGUAGGUUUUGGGUACACUUUAUGACUUUAUAUGAAAUUUGAUAUUUUUAUAUUGAAUAUAUAUAAAUUAUACAUGGAUAUGUAUACAUGUAUAUACAUUGUUGAUGGGUACGAGUAAAAGCCUACUUACUAUAUAGCCACUGUUUAAUUCUAUUUUGGCACGUCAGAGUUUCAUCAGAACCAAAGUAUACAAAUCAUUAAAAUCGAAUAAGAAGUAGGGAAAUAUUUAUACAACUCAGGGACUGAAGACUAGAUAAAUGUUUGAUAUAUAACUGUAUUAUAACUGAUGGUGAUUAAGAGACGAUCUCUUUGUUCAAAACCUGUGUAACGACUUGAGAUACAGGAACUGACAUUAGAUGAACGGCAGGUUUUGAAUGAAUGUAGUAGAUUUCCAUAAAAUUGUUCUUUCUUUCUGUAAUCCAUGUACUGUUUCUUAGACGUUGUGAUUGGUGCCCACAAAAGCGAUCUCGCGAAGGCAUCUGUAUGUGUUCUAUCGAAUAAAGACAAAUAACCUUCUUUUAACAUCUGAUGACAUAUUAUUAUGAGCAUAAUAAUAUUUAAAAACAUCUGCUCUUAAAUUUAAAAGUAAUUUCUAUGACCUAGUGCCUAUUCAGCAAUCAACCGCUAUUGCCAUUUCAUUCGCACUAUAUCAGUUUCUCUGUUUCUCCCAUUAAUGAGGGUAUUCAAACGAAAACUAGGUAUGAUGCAAGUGAGAUGGUUUGCGAUUGUUGAGUAUUUCAAAACUUCCUUAUUUAACUAUAAUGUUUUAAUCUGCAUCUUUAGCUCUACCUUCCAUUGGUAUUAUGCAAAUGGAAGGUACUUUCUGUUUUAUAUGACAAGCUCACUUUAUUGUAAAAGUCUAAAGGUAGGGCUUUAUUCAAUAGAAUACAUAAAAACAGUACUAUCAUAAAGUUGAAAAAUUUUCGCUCUAUCAUUUAGCUGACUGCCUUUAAUGAUUUACCAACGCUACCAGUUUGAUAAAUUUAAACUCACGAAGGCUAAUGAAGUGAGAUUUUUAUUAGUGUUACAUUCAUAAUACUCCAAAGAUCGCGUUUAUACUCGUAUAAUCGUCGAUCGAGCCAAAUUUUUUGAACUGAUUUAAAACCGCCUUUGAUUCUUGUGAAAGUAAUCCACAGAGUGCAUCGUGCCGCCGUUUCGCGGCGUUUAGAUAAGUGAUUCGAUCACUAGUGUUCAAUGUAUACAGUGGCUUCCUGUAAAAGCAGUCUUCCGAUAGAUAUUCCGCUAAACAUUGCAUUUAAAAUCGAUGUCGUAUUUGUACACUGUAUCCCAAUACUUAUUUCGCGUCAUAGUGGUCUGUAAGAUAGAACCCGUGUCCAUUUUUGUCUUUGUAGUGUCGUAUUUGAGUUCGAGUUAAUCCUAAAAGCACUGAGAGUUAGUCAGAGAUAUUUACGAGUAGGGCGUACAGUAGCAUGCACGAUCCGUAUAGAAUGCCGUCAAAAGCGUUUUGAUUUCAGCACGUUUACGUUAAAGGUUUCUUCCAUUGAGAGCAAUAAAUUAAUUUUUACGGUAGUGCCUUCAGCUUCGUCGAAACAGAUGUGACUACAAUAUACCAGUUGCGUAUGCUUUACGAGAUAUUUUUACAGGUAAUAGAGAACUUACCGUAUUCAUAAAUAUAGGGUAAUUAAAGCUAUGUUUUAAUAUUUUGUAUUGACGAAUAAAACGAAAUAAUGUGGCUGUCAAAUCGUUGCAUUUUCACACAUGGUGUUAGGAUUGAAUUCGGGAGAUAAUUCUUAGAUGUUCCUAGUUACGCUCGCUUCGAUAUUCUUGACAUGUGUGAUAAACGUUACAAUGAGAUAAUGGGUGACGUUAAAUAUUAGUUAGGUAGGUACGUGAGGACAAGCACAAAAACAAGGAACCAAUUCCUGAAUACCAAAACGAUUCAAAUAAAUUAUACAUGUCGAUGAAUUGAAGUAAAUGUUUUAAAUAAGUCAUUUAGUGUUAAGAGAGCGCGCGUUUUGUAAUUGUGAAAAGUGAAACGGGAGGGAUGUCGAAUCGAUGGCUAGAUGUAGCUCUAGGCUUAAAUAGAUAGGUUAGAAUAGCAAAAAAUGUUUCGACGCUAAGCUAGUAUAGCGAUCUAGGUUACUGUGGCACGGUGCGUGAGCAGUCCUUGCGGGCUCUAGGGUAGUUUCCUUGUUAGUUUAUUAAAUAAUUUAAUUUCAAUGGACUGAAGUCGGCACGGAUCGCACUCGCGCCGUGCUUCGCUUAGCAUUAAGGAAGAUCUAAAAAUUAGCGAACACUUUGAAUAAGUUUCCGUUGAACGAGUUUGCUUUCACCUGUUUUGUUAUGUAGUUGACUAAGUGUAAAAGAAAAUUAAAUGAUGAAAAAAAAAAUACCGUGAAGUGUCGAUACGAUCGUAUUUGUCCAAUGUGUAUUAUUAUAGUGUGGUGUUCUACCCGGCAGACUAGUCUAGACAGUAGCAUAGAUAAAGAUUAGUUAGGUAGCUUAGUGAUACGAAAUGCAAAAAAUAAAAAUUUCAUAAAAUGUAAAAAAAAAGAUGAAAUUGUUGGUAAGAAAGAGUAUUUUUAAGGGACAUGUUGCUUCGUUGUGUUAUGAUGUGAGGUUUGGCAUAACUAUAGUAAUAGUGUAUGAAUAAUGAAUUUCUCGCAGAGAAAAGACAUAGAUGAAAGUUAUGUAUCUAUUUUGUUACGAAGUGUUUGCAAGUUUCUAUAAUAUAUGCUAUGAGCAUUUUAUGUGACCCACGUUAUUUAUAGUUAUGCUGAAUGGAAACUAAAAUAAUAUAUAAAAUAAAAGAAAAAUGGUACUAAGAAGCAUGUUUUAUUGUGACGAGUCAUGUUCCUUUGCAUUGAACUUGAUAUUUUGUAAGAGCAAAUGAUUGAAAUAAAACAAGCAAAACCAA